AUGAGCAGCGAGAGCACCACAGACACACUCCCACGCGCAGUGCCGUCGCCGCCGCCGGCCUCCCUCUGCACUGUGCCCGCAGCCUCCUUCGCAAGUGCGGCGGAGGCGUUUAGGCCCGGCGCCGGUGCACCGCGCGUCACCGACGCACUCCCGCAGAACUCCCAGCCGCGUCGGUCGCCGCGGAGCCAGUGCCGGCUUCCACUGACGGCUCCUCCGUCACACCGCCAGCUGCUGCGGCCUCGCCAUGCGCAGAGUUCGUCGGGUCACUGGCGGCGGAUGCGGCGGUGCGAGGCACCUCCCCCGGCUCCGGCGCCGUCACGCUGGUCUCCUCCUUUUCCUUCUCCUGCAGAGCGGCAGCCUCACUGGCGUUGA